GGCGAUCGGUUUUCGGGCCCACUGAUAUUGGGAAGAGUGGUGCGCGAAUAGUUUAAGUGGUGACUUCUAAUACGUACCAAAAUGCAACUUGUCGGGAAGCUGACUCCUGUGGUGCUUCUGCUGGUCGGCUGCGCUCUGCUAGUUCCACGAUCGGUAGGAGGUGCCCGGAUUCUCGGUAUUCUUCCGUCGUGUGGACGAUCUCAUUACAUCGUCGGAGCGGGUUUGAUGCGAGCAUUGCUGGACGCCGGUCAUGAAGUCACGAUCGUGAGCCCGUAUGCCCUGAAGGGCGCCCCUGCCGAUCGACACCGUGACCUGCUGCUCCCGGAACUGGCCGGUGGGCACGGUGUCGAGGGUCCGGAUCUGUUUCAGUACAAAAGCGCCCCAAAUGUGAUGGUCCUCUACAUAGUGUACGCAGAAAUUGGUCCAUCAGCCUCGGAGCAGAUCCUGACUCAUCCGAAGAUGGUGGAACUGAUGGAGUCCGGUGAGAAGUUUGAUGCAGUGAUCGUGGAGUCGUUCGCGUCCGAGGUCUUGUACGGGUUGGCGGAACACUUUGGCGGAGAGCUGCUGGUGUUUUCCCCGUUCGGAGCUUCCAUGUGGACGAACGAGCUCGUCGGAACCCCAUAUCCAUACUCGUACAUUCCGCAUACAUUUCUCAGCUACACGAACGAGAUGACAUUCUGGCAACGCUUUACAAACGCGCUCGUCGGGCACGCGGACAAGUUUUUCUACCGCAAUGUGUUCCUGCCCGGACAGGAAGUGAUGUACCGGCGGCACUUCCCGAACGCCAAGAAAACCUUCGCCGAAACGCUGCAGAGUGUACGAUUGGCGUUUGUGAACCAGCACUUUUCGCUCAGCUACCCGCAUCCGUAUGCGCCGAACCACAUCGAAAUCGGUGGCAUCCAGAUCGAGGAGCCAAAGGCGUUGCCCCGCGAACUGGAGGAAUACAUCGAAUCGGCACCACACGGUGUCAUCUACUUCUCGAUGGGUUCGAUGCUGAAGGGGCGCAACUUCCCCCAAGCGAAACGGGACGCCUUUGUGGACGCCUUCCGUCAACUGCAGGAGAACGUGAUCUGGAAGUACGAAAACGAAAGUUUACCGAACCGACCGUCGAACGUGCUAAUUCGCUCGUGGAUGCCCCAGAACGACAUUCUGGCGCACCCGAAGGUGAAGCUGUUUAUCACGCACGGAGGACUCCUCGGGUCGACGGAAGCCCUACACCACGGGAAACCGAUGGUCGGCGUACCGAUCUACGGUGAUCAGGAGCUGAAUCUGGCUCGUGCCGAACGGGCCGGAUAUGGUGUGAAGCUGGACUACGAAACGCUCAGCGUGGACACGAUCCUGGCCGCCGUCCGGAAAGUGCUGUCCGAGCCGUCGUACUCCACUGCGGCCAAAACCAUUUCCCAACGGUACCGUGAUCAACCGCUCGGACCGGCAAAAGCGGCCGUAUUCUGGACGGAGUACGUAAUACGCCAUCGUGGUGCCCCUCAGUUGCAGUCGGCCGCCACGAAACUUUCGUUCGUGGAGUACAAUCUGCUCGAUGUGUACGCGGUGAUGGUGCUGAUUACCGCAUCAACGGUAAUUGGUUUCGGGUUGACCAUCAAGGCGAUCUUCAAGCGGUUAACCAGGCCGAAAACGGCGACGCUGGCUAGGAACAAACCGAAAACUAACUAGAAAUUGUGCCAAAUUGUGUUUCUGCGAUUCGUUUCGGUGUCGCGUGUACGAAUGAACCUUGAUUGCGGUUUGCGAUGCGUGAUUAGUUGAUAAGAGCCGUUCCAGACCAGGCGCACCCUUUUGCUGGCAGCGACUACCAAACUAAGGCCGUAGCAUGAUAAGUGUUUUGAUAGUUGAAUGACAGAGCAAUAAAGGCAGAAACAGUGCCAACGGCCGAACGUGAGAGGCCUCCGUCCACGUGAUGACGAGAUGCUAGUCGCGAUAUUUCACGACUUGGUCGUACGACCGAUUUGGCAAGGACGCGAUGGCGUUGAGCUGUCUAUUUAUGUGCCUUUAUGAAUAAAUAAAUAUUAAGAUUGCUAAAGGGGUGCUAACACAGACAGUUGAUAGUGCUUGAUUACGAUAAAAACCGAUAGGGCCAUUUCUGUUGCGCUGGUAUUACAAACAGGAUGAUAUAGCUAAGGAAGAAUCCCCGGACCUGAGAAAAUAAA